AUGGAGUGGCUCGAAAUCGCCAAGGACCUCAACGCCGGCACGGUCGGCGGUGUCGCCGGCAUCGUCGCGGGCCAUCCGCUCGAUACGAUCAAGAAGGAGCUCACGCCGACCGAGCAGCUCAUUGCGGGGUCGGCGGCCGGCCUCUUUCAAGUGUCGUUCGCGGCGCCGGCCGAGCUCGUCAAGAUCACCAUGCAAGUCAACAACUACCCAAGCACGUACUCAUCGAUCACGUGCGCCAAGGACAUUUGGGCGAGCCAGGGCAUGAAGGGCCUCUACCGCGGGUGGCAGCUCAACAUGCUCCGUGACGUGCCCGCGUUUGGCUCGUACUUUUACUCGUACGAGCUGCUCAAGCACUGGCUCACGGACGGCUGUGCCGAAAACGAGACAACUAUGAACCUCCUUCUCGCCGGCGGCUCGGCGGGCUCGAUCUCAUGGAUGGUCACGCAGCCCAUUGACGUCGUCAAGACGCUGGUGCAGAGCCAGCCGGCGACGUCGCCCCUCUCGGCCCUCGACGUCGUCAAGCACCACUACAAGCUCGAAGGUGCCGGUUUUCUCUUCCGCGGCUUUGGCGCGACGAUCCUCCGCGCGUUUCCUGUCUCGGCCGUCACGUUCUUGGUGUACGAGCGCUCGAUGCAGUACAUGAACUUGGAUUUCGAGUACGCGGCCAACGUCGAGACGCAGCUGGCUCUGCUGCUCCUGGCAUCGCUCGUGGCCGCGGUGGCCGCGCUCACCGAUCCGCCGGGCUUCAACAACUCGGACAUCAUGGGCUGGCUCGGCAACCGCAAGAAGGACGACGAUACGGAGCUCGUGUGGAGCAUCACGAUGCGUGGCACGGCCUUGGGCGUCAACACGACGGCGGCGCAGCGCGAGUGGGAAAAGCUGUACCGCAUCAACGGCGACCUCUUGCGCAACGACCAUACAAACCUCUGCCUCGAAGCGGCGUACACAGCGUCGGUGCUGCGCGUCUACGGAGCGGUCUGCAACGCGUCGUCGCCCGAGCAGACGUGGACCUUUGCGCACCGCCGGCUGGAGCACGCCGUGUUUCGCCGCAACUGCCUCGCGAUCGUCGAUGGAGCAACGCCGAUCGUGCGCAUGGAGGCCUGCGACCGGUCGGCGGCCGUGCCCAGCAGUCAGAAGAUCCGAUUCUUCCGCUAA